CUUCAUGCAAAACCUCAGUGCACAAAAACAGAACAGAACAAAACAAGCUCCGUAUUUAAGCCUCGAAUUUUCUCAUUUAUUUGUCUGUUGUUUAUGUCAUCGUCUAUAUAUCUGUCUGUCGUCUAUUUAGUUAUUUUUCUCUAUAACCUAAAUAUGUUUUAUUUUUCUGUUCUUCUAAUUGACACUCUCUGUAGCGAGACGUUUCAUCCACCAGAUGUCGCUGCGUGUUGUGAGAGUCACAGCCGCGGCUCGGGCUUCUUCUCUCCCUGUUCUCCAUUUUGUAGGCUGAUGUUUUUCCUGGAGGUUAGCGCCUACUUUCUUAAUGGCUAGCUGUGAAUUAACACUGUCUGAGUCAGUUCGACGCGGUUUUUGGUGACGGUUGAGAUCUUCGCAGCACUGGCAGACAGAUAAGCAGUAAAAACCCACUCUACUCUGAGGGCGUUUUGUUUUUUUGUCUCGCCAUGCAGACGGGGGCACGUCGCGUCGAGGAGACACGUUCUUAACAAACAUUGAGUCAGUGUUGGCUGCUGUAGAGAAACUGCCACUUUAAACCAAAACAAUGUUGACAAACGACCUGUGGACGCUUAUAAACAACCAGCCAUUUCAAGGAUGGACAAAGGUGGAGUGAAGAAGAUCACAUACAGAAGAGAUGACCAUUUAACCAAGUUGGUCUACACUGAAAGCCCUGAGGUGGGAGGUCUGCUGAAAGUGGCUCCUCACACUGCUAUGCCCAUCUCCUCUGCUGCAACCAUCGCUCUUCCUCCCAGCCCAUUAAUGCAGCCAGGACAGAUACCAAACGGCCUCAGCAAUAGCCCCCUUCCACAGGAGCUCUCCCCCAUCACUGCCAACGCCACACUUGGACCCUUGUUGACGAAAGAUCCGAGAAUUCAACGGCAGCAGUCACGCCCGAUACAGACAUCCACCACAUUUGGACUUCAGACCCUAAGCCAUACUUUGCCUCAGUUUGAGGGCAGUAUAGUAGACAUUACCCAGUCCUCCAUGGAUUCACUUAUUGGGGGAUCAGAUCCUAACUUUUUCCCAAUGAGAACAGAGGAUUUCUCAAUGGAUAAGGGAGACCAAGAUAUGAUUGAUCCCCUUGAAGUAAGCCAAAAGUUGUUCAGUGAAAAUGCCCUAGACCUUCUCCAGGACUUUGAUCUCACUGGAUCCCCCUCAGAUUUUUAUGUUGGCGACGAUGCCUUCCUGUCAACACUGGCAGAUGAUUCCCUUCUUGGGGAUGUUGGCUCAGACAGAGAUAUUAAACCUGCCAUGCUCGAGAGCAACAUUGGAAGUAGCUCUGUCUCCGUUGCUAUCAGUGGCAGCAUAAUGAGUAGUCCGGUUCAGUCCAGCACUAGCCUGUCCACCAACACUUCCCCCACAACUUUUCCGACCAUUUUGUCUCCAUUUGUAAAGGAAGAGAAAGAUCCUGACAUAAUUCAGCUCUGCACCCCGGGUGUGAUCAAACAGGAGAAGACAUCUACUGGACAGAGUCAUUGUCAAAUUAGUGGCUCAAAUCCCGUUUCCAUCUGUGGGGUCAGCACAUCAGGAGGACCAAGCUACCACUUUGGAGUCAGCCCCAGCAGCAGUGACGCUCAGCAGCAUAAGGAUCAGAAGCCAGUGUCCAAAUUUAUUCUUCCAGUGACGACAAUUAGUGGAACCUGGAAUAGAGUCCAGGACGUUGGAAACGGCUCGGUUUUGCCAAGAGGCAAUGAAUCUUUCUCCAGCUCACCCACCUUCCCCACCACUUUUGCAAGUUCUACCUCCAGACAAGAAGGGGGCUCCUCCGCAUCACCAGGUCAGGGGAAAAGCACCGUUCACAAAAUCUGCCAAGUUUGCUCUGACGAAGCGUCUGGCUGCCACUACGGCGUUCUCACGUGCGGCAGCUGUAAGGUGUUCUUUAAGCGAGCAGUGGAAGGGCAGCAUAAUUACCUGUGUGCUGGGAGAAAUGACUGCAUUAUAGACAAGAUCAGGAGGAAGAACUGCCCCGCCUGCCGCUUCCGCAAGUGUCUGGUGGCAGGCAUGAACUUGGAAGCUCGAAAAGUCAAGAAAAUGAACCGCUUAAAGGGCGUGCAGCAGAGCAACCCGCCCGAGUUGCUGACACCUCCCCUGGAAGAGCCUCUCGCCCUGCUUCCAAAGUGCCUGCCUCAGCUGGUUCCCACCAUGCUGUCCCUGCUAAAAGCCAUCGAGCCGGAGACCAUCUACGCCGGCUGCGACAGCACCACCGCCAUCACCUCCACCCGCCUCAUGACAACCCUGAACAGACUGGGCGGCAAACAAGUCGUCUCUGCCGUCAAGUGGGCCAAAGCUCUGCCAGGUUUCAGGAAGCUGCACCUGGAUGACCAGAUGACCCUGCUGCAGUGCUCCUGGCUCUUCCUCAUGUCCUUCAGUCUGGGCUGGCGAUCUUACCAACAGUGCAACGGCAACAUGCUCUGUUUCGCACCUGACCUGGUCAUUAACGAGGAGAGGAUGAAGCUGCCCUACAUGGCUGACCAGUGUGAGAUGAUGCUGAAGAUUUCCAGCGAGUUCGUCAGGUUGCAGGUUUCCCACGACGAGUACUUGUGCAUGAAGGUCCUGCUGCUGCUCAGCACAGUGCCGAAGGAUGGUCUGAAGAGCCAGGCAGUGUUUGAGGAGAUCAGGAUGAACUACAUCAAGGAGCUUGGAAAAGCCAUAGUGAAGCGCGAGGAGAACUCCAGCCAGAACUGGCAGCGUUUCUAUCAGCUCACCAAGCUUCUCGACUCCAUGCACGAGAUGGUUGGAGGACUGCUCGACUUCUGCUUCUACACCUUUGUGAAUAAAUCCCUAAGUGUGGAGUUCCCAGAGAUGCUGGCGGAGAUCAUCAGCAACCAGUUACCAAAAUUCAAGGCCGGGAGCGUCAAACCUCUCCUCUUUCACCAGAGAUGACUGUUCCCGUUCUAACAGACAUGAUGCCUUAAAAUAUAUAGUUGACAAAAAAAAAAAAAACACCCACCACAUCACCUCACCACCUACCCCAACUCCCUUACCACCUACCGCUACAAGCUCAGCCCCAACGCGGGUAAGGAUGACCUGGAAUCGAGGAGGAUCUGAGGCGAAAGAAUGAAUGAUGUUAUGCAACUUUGUGCCGUGGCUAAUGGACCUGGAGGAAAAAGACGGCGAACGGAGACUCUGGAUGAGUUGACGUAGGAUCCAGACAGUGAGCACAAAGUGUUGAACAGUCUAGUGUGUAGUGUGAAUAACGACAAGUAGGAAAUAUUUGUAAGAUAACAGAUAAUCACACAGAGGAAUAGGCUAACAUCCCGUCAUCAUCUCGUCUCAGGUUUUUUACUUUCAGACCCAGAACAAAAUGUCAAGUAGGUGAAACCUUUAUCUACAGUAUGUACAGGUCCUAAUUAGUUUUUUUUUGUUUUGUUUGUUUUCUACAUUUUUCAAAUUGUAACAGUUUAUACACUUUUUCCAGGUCAUGGUCACCCGACAUGGUGACAAAGCUUAACGAUUAACAUGCUCUUAAAUAGGCUUUUAGACUGUAUGUUACUCUUUUAGUGUUUCUAGAUGAUGGCAUCAAAACGUUGCCAUCGGUCAUACAGAAAGAAGAAAAAAAAAAUCAUCGAGCAUUUUUCUGCUUCGCUUUUGAUCGAUAUCAAGGACUAACAAAUGAAUUAUGUUGUACUGUUAAUACACAAAACCAUUUACAGGACAACUACCACAAACCCACCUCUUCCAGGUUUACACAGGUCUGAUGUUAAAGGGAAAAACAAACAUAAUGUGCCUUGUUUGCUUCAAAUAUCAUCUCCAGUCAUUAACUUCCUUCUUGUCUAAAUCAAUGCUUUUCUACAGCUGCUUUUACACCAAGCGUCAGUGAAUUUCAAGUAUUUUGGAAUAUUUAAUCAUGAUUUGGCUUACAUUUCUAGUGCUGCGUAAAGUCUGUUUAUAACCCGUCAAAACCUUAUUUGGUGAUGGGUUUUUUUAACCCUCCAAUAUCACCCAGUGACAAGGUCAACCAGUCCUGAUAUUAUGAAAAGACUACAGACGGUUCUAAACUGACAAAAUUGACACAAAAGGAAAAACAUGUCAAGAGACAUGUCUGGCAACCAGGUAUAAGAGACUGGGUUAUGUUGCAAAGUACUUGUAAUGAUAUUUUGAGCAUUAGUUGGACAAUGUGGCCGGCAGUUUGGCUGUCCAAUAAAAACCUCAACAACUUGUGCAGUAGCUUUUUGUGUAGAAAACGGUUUGGUUUCUGGCACAAGACUGGCACAAUUUGUGAUUUUCACAUUCCACAUUCCUGUUGCCAGACAGAAGGGACCCUUCGAGUGCCGGACGGUACAGAGGGAAGAAGAGUGCCAAGCAGUGGCAUCAGAGUGAUACGUUUAUUUCGGUACCUUUUAGAAAACUUUGACAAUCAAAGCACAAAAAGAAAAAGAA